GGAACUUAUAUUAAUGACUAUUUCUGUGAGCAAGCUCUUACCACUCAGUUCUACAAGCUCUCCUCUCUGGAUUCAUAUUACAUCCCUCGGGAUGGCCUGCUGGCAUCAUACAAGGAAUUUAUCUCCCUACUUCCUGCCGUGGAUCACCCAGAAGCAUUCGGACAGCACCCCAAUGCUGAUAUCGCCAGCCAGAUCACCGAGGCACGAACGUUGUUUGACACUCUGCUGUCUCUGCAGCCUCAGGUCACACAGAACGUUCCUGGAGGGCAAAGCAGAGAGGACAAGGUCUUAGAGUUACUGAGUGAUGUUCGUCAGAAGAUUCCUCAGGAAAUCGAUUAUGAGGGAACAGUGAAAGUUUUAAGCGAUGACCCCAAUCCACUCAACGUUGUUCUACUGCAAGAAAUCCAGAGAUAUAAUGCUCUGCUCAGCACCAUCAGGUCAUCUCUGCAGGACCUGGAAUAUGGAAUACAAGGUUUGGUGGUCAUGUCCACAGAGCUGGAGGAGAUCUUCACCUGCAUACAUGAUGCCCGCGUUCCACCACUCUGGGAAAAGGCUUACCCUUCCUUGAAACCUCUGGCAGCCUGGACCCGGGACCUGGCAUCGCGUGUAGAGAUGUUUGCUCGCUGGGCAGAGACUGCGCACCCUCCAGUUCUGUUCUGGCUUUCUGCAUUCACCUUCCCAACUGGUUUCCUGACUGCUGUACUCCAGAGCGCAGCCCGACAAAAUAAUGUCUCCGUUGACUCUUUAUCCUGGGAAUUCAUUGUCUCCACUGUAGAUGACAAUAACCUGGUGUAUCCUCCAAAGGAUGGGGUGUGGAUUCGCGGUCUGUAUCUGGAAGGAGCUGGCUGGGAUAAGAAGAAUUCAUGUUUGAUGGAGGCAGAGCCAAUGCAGCUGGUGUGUCCAUUGCCAACUGUGCACUUCAGACCAACUGAGAGCAAGAAGAAGAGCAGCAAAGGUCUCUACCCCUGCCCAUGUUAUUACUACCCCAUCCGCUCUGGGUCUUCUGGCCGUGCUUCCUUUGUGAUAGGCGUGGAUCUUCGCACUGGGGCAUCACCUCCAGAACAUUGGAUCAAGCGAGGAACGGCUUUACUGAUGAGUCUGGAUAGUUAG